ACCCUUCUGCUCUUGAUCGACCGCUAUGGCGAUCCGCAAAUGUUUAUCGGGUUUAUUUCGCAGCACUACUCUUCUUAAUAAGUUGAAUACUUCUGUAGUGAAAAAUCGUACGUUGUACUGGUCACCGAUACUCAGUCAAGAGCAUUCAAAAAGUCAUGGCAGAGUAAAAUGCACUUUAAUUCCCGGUGACGGCGUAGGUCCGGAGUUAUGUCAGUCCGUCAAAGAAGUUUUUCAAGCAAUCAGCGUGCCUGUUGAAUUCGAAGAGUUAUUUUUGAGUGAAGUUCAUCAAUCGAUGAGCGUAUCAGUCGAGGAAGUUUUGCAUUCGGUGCAGAAAAAUGGAGUUGCACUCAAAGGCACUCUGCAGUCCCCUUUCAGCACUCAUACUGGAGAAUUGCAGACAUUAAACAUGAAAAUAAGGAAAGAUCUCGAUCUCUUUGCGAAUGUAGUCCAUGUUAGAACUUUUCCUGGCGUCAAAACGAGGCACAGCAAUUUAGAUUUCGUAAUUAUCAGGGAGUCAACUGAAGGCGAGUACAGCGCCUUGGAACAUGAAAGUGUCACUGGGGUGAUAGAAUGCUUGAAAAUCGUUACCAAAGAAAAUUCUCAGAGAAUUGCAAAAUUUGCCUUUGACUAUGCUACUAAGCGAAACCGUAAGAGAGUCACUGCUGUCCACAAGGCUAAUAUUAUGAAACUAGGCGACGGGCUCUUCCUUCGUUGCUGCGAAGAGGUUUCCCAGCUGUACCCGCAGAUCGAAUUUUCGAACAUGAUCAUUGAUAACACCUGCAUGCAGCUUGUAGCUCAUCCUGAGCAAUUUGACGUCAUGGUCAUGCCCAACUUGUAUGGAAACAUAAUCGACAAUUUGGCCGCUGGAUUGGUCGGUGGAGCUGGUUUAGUACCCGGAGCAAGUUACAGUUCUGAUUGUGUGAUCCACGAGCCCGGAGCAAGACAUACUUUCGGAGAAGCUGUCGGAAAAAACAUUGCGAAUCCUACUGCUAUGUUGUUCUGUGCCGUGGGCAUGUUACGACAUGUGAAUUUGGUGUAUUAUGCCAACCUAAUUGCUGAGGCCGUGGAAAAUGUCUUAAAGGAGGGAAAAGUGCGAACAAGGGAUCUUGGUGGCUAUUCUAGUACAACUGAGUUUACGCAGGCUGUCAUAGAGCACCUACCGCAUUAAUCUACUUAAAGCUUAGUGUGUAGCUUUAGAUAAUUUUGAUAGGUAAUGAACUAUCAAAUUCAUAGACAAUAAGGAAUUAAAUGUAGGAAAUAUAUCAUGUAUUGUGAAACACUACUCAUAAGCUUAAAACAACUUAUUGUCCACUAAAAUUAUGAGUGUAUGUUGUCAAUUUUCAAAUUUUAAGCAACUGUCGGAUGGAUAUUCUAUUAUGUGUGAGAAGUUGUUAAUGCUUCUUAAAUAUCUUUGUUUAAAACUUGUUUUGAACUAUUAUACACAAACAAUAUGGUCUGUUAUGUGUUUGGAAAGAUUAUUCAGGAUUUACACUAUAAAAGUUAAAUGUUGUUUCAUGGUAUUGUAUUAUUUCAAUCUCUUCUCCAUUUUUAUUUUAUUAACCUGACAAUUCAAUUUAUGAAUUAUUGCAAGUAAGGUUACAAUGUAUUUAAAAUAUAUUAGUUCCAUAAAAUUAUUUUCUUGCAAUAUUGCAUUCAUUGAAUGAAUUCUAAAUUUAAUGUUAUUGUAUACCUAAAUGAAAUGUUUCUGUAAAAAAAAAAAUCUGUUUAAAAUUUUUAUAAUGUUUUUUAUUCGUCAAAUGUGAUCACCCCUUUAUUCAUUAACUUAUUGUUUCAAAUCACUCUUCAUUUAUUCUUUUAUGUUAACAUAUUAAUUUAUUAAAAGACAAAGCCAUGAAAUAUUAAUUUAUCUGAUUUUAGAAAUCAAAUGAUUAAUAGUCACAAAAGCAUGUUAAUUAAUAGAUGAAUGUAGUUCAAUUUCAAAUCAUUUAUUUUUUACUAAUAAUUUCCUGAACGGGUUUUUAAUGUUAAUUUGAUUUGUAAACAUCAUUACAACUAGCUGGAAAUGUUUAGCUUCAAAAUAAUUUCACUAAAAAAUUGUUGCCUCCUGCCUAUUUUCUUAUUUUCAGUCGAAAGCUUAAAUACCUAAAUAUAAUCUUCAGUUGUUUAUUCUAUUCUGGUUGUAGCUUUUUUGUAUUUAUUUUCAAAGUUGAAGUUUAUUUAUCCAAUCACUUGUGCUGAGAAUUUAAAGCAUUGAAUAAUUAUCUAUUCUCGAUUUCAUUUUCUAAAUAGUUUUAUUAAAUGGUGAGAAAUGAAGUUCAUUCUUUCAAUGCUAUUUUACUGAAACUAUUAUUUUUGCUGUAUUAACUGAUUUUCAGUACCUUCUAUUUCAAACUUAGAAAUUAUUCAGUAAAACACUUUGCCAUGGAAUUGGAAGGACUAAUUUUUUUGAUUUGUAAAAUUUGCCUCUGGAUUUUAAAUAAAUAAUUAAAAUAACAAUGUACUAACAACAAAGCAUUAAUUUCUGCUGUUACACCUAUGAAGAAAAAUAAGCAAUGCAGGGAUAAAAGAAUCUUUUAAGCUUUUCAGACUAAAUUUAUUGUGUAUAUUUUAAAUGUGAUAUGUAAGCUUGAUUUUUUAUUUAUACUGGAUGUUAAAAUAAGGUUUAUACAAAAAAGAUAAUAUAAGAAAUUGUCAUUCUUUUUACUGAAUUUUAAUAUUUACUUCCGAUAAGUUUUGAUAUUCACUUUUCAGAGGAAACAUAAUUGCUUUGUAUGACUUGAUUUUCUAUAGACAAAGAAAUCUUUCCUAAAUUUACGAACAUGAUAUAGAUAUAAUUCAGACUGUGAUGUUUAAAAUUGAUAACAUUUUUAUGUGUCUUUCAGAAAUGUGCAAUAAUGAUUGCAUUAGAGAAUCUUCUCCAAAUAAUACUGAUAUGAUAGUGAACUUUCUGUAACACUGCCAUUUCAGUGUUGGUAAAUAAAUUUAUCACAUAAUUU